GCAGGCACCAGUUACCAGUGAAUUGAGGUAACGGAGGAGCUACUGGGAAUUGAAGCGCUACUAAUCAAAUCAUAAUUAGCCUCUGGCUCUGGAGAAGAAACAGACCCUACUACACUACCAUUUCGCAACUUUGACGAAUCUUUUCUUUCAAUUUUCUUCCUUAUUUCCUCAGGAACCAAACGUGAUUCUGAAGGGUCCGGAUUUUUUCCCAAUUAAUUUUUUUUCCUUUUUGGAAUUCCGGGUUCCGCAAAUCUUCUUCCAACCAGUAGGGGUUUGCACCAUUUUCUUUGUAUUAUAUAAAUAGCUGCCACCUGAUUUUGUGGAUCACACUCAAAACAGGGAUCAAGCACAGAGAAAUAGGAGGAGAAAGAAAGGGCACAAGGAGAUUGAUUUGAGGUGUUUGAAUUGCGUCAGGUUAUUGAGAUCUGAGAGAUUAAAAGAAAUGGCGACUGAUUCAGCUAAUGGACAGCACCAAGGAACAACCAAACUGCCUCCACAGCCUUCCCCGUUGCGUUCUUCCAAGUUCUGCCAGUCCAAUAUGAGAAUUUUGAUCACUGGAGGAGCUGGGUUCAUUGGGUCCCACCUGGUGGACCGGCUAAUGGAAAAUGAGAAGAAUGAGGUAAUUGUUGCUGAUAACUAUUUCACCGGAUCUAAAGAAAAUCUCAGGAAGUGGAUUGGCCAUCCAAGAUUUGAGCUCAUCCGUCAUGAUGUCACAGAGCCGUUGCUGGUUGAGGUUGAUCAAAUUUACCAUCUUGCAUGUCCUGCUUCUCCCAUUUUCUACAAGUACAAUCCUGUAAAGACGAUAAAAACCAAUGUGAUUGGUACCCUCAACAUGUUGGGCCUUGCCAAGAGAGUUGGAGCUAGAAUUUUGCUCACCUCAACUUCAGAGGUGUACGGUGAUCCUCUUAUCCAUCCUCAGCCGGAGACCUACUGGGGUAACGUCAACCCAAUCGGGGUCCGGAGCUGCUACGAUGAGGGGAAACGUGUGGCUGAGACAUUAAUGUUUGAUUAUCAUAGACAGCAUGGGAUUGAAAUUCGAAUUGCCAGGAUCUUCAACACAUAUGGACCACGGAUGAAUAUCGAUGAUGGGCGUGUUGUCAGCAACUUCAUAGCUCAAGCAAUUCGUGGCGAGGCAUUGACAGUGCAGAAGCCUGGAACCCAAACCCGCAGCUUCUGCUAUGUAUCUGACAUGGUUGAUGGCCUCAUCAGGCUGAUGGGAGGAGAAAACACUGGACCGAUCAACAUUGGAAACCCAGGGGAGUUCACCAUGACCGAACUCGCAGAGACAGUGAAGGAGCUGAUAAACCCCGAGGUGGAGAUAAAGAUGGUGGAGAACACACCAGAUGAUCCAAGGCAGAGAAAGCCCGACAUCACAAAGGCCAAGGAGUUGCUUGGAUGGGAGCCUAAGGUGAAGUUGAGGGAGGGACUUCCCCUCAUGGAACAGGACUUCCGUAACAGGCUUGGCGUCCCCAAGAAGUGAAGAAGAGGAUUUAAGAGAAGAGAAACAAGACACCAUAAGACAGACUGAAGAAACAUUUUCAAUGAGAUUUCAUUUCUUUAUAGGCUCUUUUUGUUUUUGUUUUUGUUUUUUGGGGUUCAAAGGUGGAGAAAGAUUUUGGUUUUUGUUGCUGACAGUUCUGGUCUUCUGGAUGGAGAUCAAAUAAAUUAGAGCGGUUUCAUUUCAGUAUCUCAUAUUGAGAGUAGCUAACUUUUGACGAAUUGUCGGUUAUUAUUUUUAAUUAAAUAUUUGAGUUUGGGUUUAGAGAGCUUAUGUAGGGGUUUAUAGAUUAGAUAUUAGAGUAUAUUAUCCUAACUCAAACUCUAGUUAAUUCAUGAUUUAUAUA